AUGGCUACCCCUAGUGUCCUAGCUUUUGACGCUGAGGGUCGCGCCAUUGAUUUUGAGGUCUGGUUAGACGACCUGCAGCUGUUCUUACAGUGCGACAGGGCUGACGACCUUUCUCUCUUUGACCUCACCUCUGGCGCCUCUCCUGCCCCUGCUGCUGAUGCUGAUCCCGCUGUCCGCUCUAAGUGGGCCACCCGCGAUGCUGCUGCACGUCUUGCUGUGCGUCGCCACCUCCCUACCUCUGAGCGUGCGCACUUUAGUCAGUACAAGAGUGCUCAGACCUUGUACGACGCUGUAGUUGCGCGCUACUCCUCCCCUGCCACUGCUGCACUGAGCCUCGCACGCCUCCCUGACUCCCUUCGCGUCGUCAGGGACCACUUUCUCGCAGUCUGUCCCACCACUCUCACCGUCGACCUCCUCGAGAAGGCCCUCCUUGCAGCGGAGAAGAGCAUAGUCGCUGUAGGUGCUUCUCGUGGUGACCCUCGCACCCCCAUCUUUGAGGGGUGCUCUCCUUCCCCCUUGCUGCCCUCUGUUGCCUCUGCUGCUGCUGCCGACCUGCUUGGUCUUGAGUCGGUCGGCGCGGCGUCUGCCCCUAGUGGGAGACGUCGCUCCAGCAAGGGCAAGGGGGGCAAGGGCGCGGGUGGAGCUGGAGGGGGCGGUGGCGGUGGCGGCGGUGGCGGCGGAGGGAGUGGGGGUGGCGGCGGGGCUAGUGGCGGGGGUGGUGGUGGUGGUGGCGGCAGCAGCGGCGGAGACGGUGGUGGUGGUGCCAACGGUGGUGGUGGAGGCAGCGGCGGAGGUGGAGGCGGCGGAGGUGGAGGCAGUGGAGGCGGCAGCGGAGGAGGCAGUAGUGGUGGAGGAGGUGGAGCUGGUCGGGGUGGUACCGAGCAGCGUAGCGGCGGUGGUGGUGGCCAGCGCUCGCACCGGCAGCAGCAGCAGCGCUCGCGGGACAUCCCUUCGCCUCAGCAGCUUCGUGAGUGGUACGCUGGGCGUCAGAGGGGUGGGGGUACUGAACCCUGCACCUACGUUCUUCGUUCCGGCGACCGCGCGGGUGAGCAGUGUGGGGGUGCCCACGCCACCCAGCGCUGCUUUGGCCGCCUGACGGACGCUUGGCGUCAGCAGUUCCCUGGGGCUAGUGAGAUCCCUCGCUGGGAUGAGCUUCUCAGGGCUGGUGUAGCGAUCUUUGAUCUUGAUUUUGAUGCUAUCCUUACUGCUAUGUAUGUUGUGGAUUAUAGUGAGGAGAAUGAGGGUUACCGGUGUUUUCAGCCCGACCCGGGCAUUGGUACUGCUGCGCUAGGUGCUUGUGAGGCUGCUGCUCUAGGUGCCAGUGCGUCUGCGCUCUCAGGUACUGGUGAGACUGCGCUCUCAGGUACUGAGUCGUCCUCGUCCUCCCUCACUUUCACACUUGACUCCGGAGCUUCUCGCUCCUUCUUUCGAGACCGCACUACCCUUUCGCCGCUCGCCAGGCCGGUUGCGGUCUCCCUUGCUGACCCCUCUGGGGGUCCUGUCCUGUCUCACUUCUCCACUGUCCUCCCGUGUCCGGCUGCCCCUUCGGGCACCCUGUCGGGUCUGUACCUUCCCUCAUUCUCUACGAACUUGGUGAGUGGAGCGGACCUGCAGGAUGGGGGUGUUCACCAGUUCACUCCUGCGCGUCAGAGGGUGGCAGCGUCGAGUCAGGUACUUGCUGCUGCGUCCCGGUCAGGUCCUGAGUCUGCCCCCUGUUCUUGUCGCCUCCUGUCUCACGAGACUCUCCUGUGGCACCACCGUCUUGGCCACCCCUCCUUGCCCCGUCUUCGGAGCAUGGCUUCCCGUGUCCUUGUCUCUGGUCUUCCCCAGUCUCUCCCUCCUCUCCCCUCCGGGCCAGGACCUUCUUGUGUCCCCUGUGUCGAGGGUCGCCUCCGGGCUACUCCUCACUCCUCCCACUUCCCCCCGACAGAGGCUCCCCUGCAGACGCUUCACAUGGAUGUGUGGGGCCCAGCCCCCGUCCGUGGGCAGGGUUACGAGCGCUACUUCCUGUUGGUGGUUGACGACUACUCGCGUUACACCACAGUCCUCCCCUUGCGCAGCAAGGGUGCGGUCACUGAGGUGCUGAUCGACUGGAUCCGCGAGGCUCGUCUCCAGCUCAGGAAGAGCUUCGGCUCGGACUUUCCUGUUCUGCGUCUGCACUCUGACAGAGGCGGAGAGUUCUCUUCUCGCCUUCUGCGAGACUACUGUCGUGCACGGGGGAUCCGCCAGACCUUCACGCUUCCGGACUCACCACAGCAAAAUGGGAUUGCUGAGCGCCGCAUUGGCAUGGUCAUGGAUGUCGCUCGUACGUCCAUGAUGCAUGCGGCUGCCCCCCAUUUUCUGUGGCCGUUUGCGGUGAGGUACGCGGCGCAUCAGCUCAACCUUCACCCCCGGGUCUCUCGGCCAGCGAUGUCCCCAGCCUUGCUGUGGACGGGGAAGGUUGGCGAUGCGUCUGUGUUCCGUGUCUGGGGAUCUCGGGCGUUUGUCCGCGACUUGUCUGCGGACAAGCUGUCCCCUCGUGCUGCUCCCUGUGUCUUCCUUGGCUUCCCCACUGACGCCCCAGGGUGGCAGUUUUACCACCCCUCCUCUCGUCGUGUUCUGUCCUCCCAGGACGUCACGUUCGACGAGUCAGUCCCCCUCUACCGUCUCUUCCCCUACCGCACUCCUUCCCUCCCCCCUCCCCCGGACUUCCUUGUGCCGGUUCCCCCCCCGGUAGACCCCCUCCCCCCUCAGGUUCCUGCCCCCUCAGGUGUGUCCCAGGUAGACGCCGUUGACCCGGUCGAGGUUACUGGUGACUCUGGUGCUGCUGCGGGUGCUGAGCCUGGGGGUGCUGACUCUGGGGGUGCUGUGCGCGGGGGUGCUGAGCCUGGGGGUGCUACUGCUGGGGGUGCUGGGCCUGAGGGUGCUACUGCGGAGGGUGCGGAGCCUGGGGGUGCUGAGCCGGGGGGUGCUGUGCCUGGAGGUGCUGGGUCUGGGGGUGCUGGGUCGGGAGCUGCUGAGCCUGGGGGUGCUGAGCUGGGAGCUGUUGAGCCUGGGGGUGCUGCGUCUGGAGCUGCUGAGCCUGGGGUUUCUCCUGCUGCUGCGUCUCGCCGGGAGCCCCUCUCUCCACAGGAGCUGCGCGAGUGGUUCGCUCGCCGCUGGAGGCGUGCUGCUGAGUCUGGAGGUGCUGCUGGAGCUGGAGCUGGAGCUUCUUCGACCGUCGAGGGUGCGGGUGCAGCCGGUCCCGGAGCUGCUGGCCCUGCAGGUCCUCCUCGAGCUGGAGCUGCUGAGGGCGUUCGUGCUGAGCCUGCUGCUGUUGGUCCUGCCGCUGGAGGUGUGGGUGGCGCUGGUGCUGUCGCUGAGGGUGCUGGUGCUGUCCCUGCUGAGUCUGGAGCUGCCGCGCGGCCUCGGCCGUACUUCGUUCCGCUCCUUCAGCAGGUUCUUGGUCUUUCUCCUCCACUAGAGGGUCCACCGCCUGUCCAGUCGCAGCCUCUACUGGAGCCUUCCUCUCCACUGCCUGCUCCCUCUCCUUACACUGGUCCUACUGGAGGUCUUGCUGAGCGUCGUGAGCCUGCGUCUCGUCCCGCGUCGCCUGUUCGUGCUGCUCGCGCUAGUGGUCGCAGUUCGCGUCAGCGUCCUCCUCCUGUCCCUGGCACGCACCGGAUGUCUUUACGUCCGUCCACUGCUCCUCUGCGUGCCCCUUUGCCUUCUCCUCCUGAGUCCUCUCUUCCUGCGCUUGCGGACCCUGAGUCGGACUCUCUUCGUGCUGCCAGUCCCACUGUCACGCGUCUGCUUGCUACUGUCGUCACUGACCCCUCUUUUGAGUCCACUGCUGCGUCUGCUCUAGUCGCUGAGCUCGUCGACUUUGCUGCUCGCUGUCGUCUCGACUACGCUGCUAGUCUUGUUGCUGAGUCUGCGUCUGUCUGUCCUCCGUCCCUCGGGGGUGAGUGUGCUCUUGGCACGGACGUCCUAGAGGACAGGCAGGAGGAGUUACAGUGUCUAGCGGCUGCUUCACCUCAUCUCGCGUCUGUACUGCUUGCCCCUGAGGGAGACCCGGAUGCACUAGACAUCCCGACUCCGCGUUCUUACGCGGAGGCCGUAGAGGGUCCCUACUCCUCUCAGUGGCAGGCAGCUAUGGAUGCAGAGAUGGCUUCCUGGAAGUCCACAGGCACCUACGUUGACGCGGUUCCCCCUCCUGGGGCGAACAUCGUCAGUGGCAUGUGGAUCUUCAGGGUGAAGCGGCCGCCGGGCUCUCCACCUGUCUUCAAGGCACGGUACGUUGCUCGUGGCUUCAGUCAGCGGCAGGGAGUUGACUACUUUCAGACCUUCUCUCCCACCCCGAAGAUGACUACUCUUCGGGUGCUGCUGCACAUAGCCGCUCAGCGCGACUACGAGCUUCACUCUCUCGACUUCAGCACUGCGUUCUUGCAGGGUAGCCUGCACGAGGAGAUCUGGCUUCGCCGUCCACCUGGCUUCACUGGGACUUUCCUUCCUGGCACCCAGUGGAGCCUCCGACGGCCAGUCUACGGUCUCCGCCAGGCACCGCGUGAGUGGCACGACACACUGAGGACUACGCUUGCGGCUCUUGGGUUUGCUCCUUCUACUGCUGACCCGUCGCUGUUUCUUCGCACCGACACUUCCCUGCCGCCGUUCUACAUCCUCGUGUACGUCGACGACCUGGUCUUUGCCACAGCGGACACUGCUGGACUCGCCUACGUGAAGUCCGAGCUGUUGAAGAGACACACGUGCACAGACCUGGGUGAACUGCGCAGCUACCUUGGCUUGCAGAUCACUCGGGACAGAGCACGCCGCACCAUUACCUUGACUCAGUCACACAUGGUGCAGCAGGUCCUUCAGCGCUUCGGCUUCACGUACUCCUCGCCUCAGGCCACUCCUCUGCCUACUCGCCACUCACUCUCAGCUCUGCCUUCGGAUGAGUCCGUAGAGUCGAGUGGUCCGUAUGCGGAGCUUGUUGGCUGCCUCAUGUACCUGAUGACCUGCACACGACCUGACCUUGCAUACCCUCUGAGCAUUCUUGCACGCUAUGUUGCUCCUGGGAGACACAGACCGGAGCACAUGGCUGCAGCGAAGAGGGUAUUGCGCUACCUGUGCAGUACGUCGGGCAUGGGGCUAGUGCUUGGAGGGCGGAGUCCAGUGGUCCUUACCGGCCACGCGGACGCUUCUUGGGCUGACGACCAGGCUACGCAGCGGUCGUCACAGGGUUACACCUUCAGCCUUGGUUCCGGCUCUGUCUCGUGGCGGUCUACUCGCUCGUCUUCGGUUCUCGGCUCCAGUUGUGAGGCUGAGAUCUACGCCGGGGCCAUGGCUGCACAGGAGCUUCGCUGGCUCACCUACCUGCUGACUGACCUUGGAGAGCCGCCUCGUUCUCCUCCAGUGCUGUACGUAGAAAACAAGGCCAUGCUGGCCUUGUGUCGAGAGCAGCGCUUGGAGCACAGAACGAAGCACAUUGCUCUCCGCUACUUCCUUGCUCGUGAGCUGCAGCAGCGUGGUCAGUUGCGACUUGCGUACGUGGCCUCUGAGGCCAACACUGCUGAUGUGUUCACCAAGGCACUUGCGCCUUGUGACCAUCAGCGCUUCUGCACCCAGCUGGGUCUUGUGCCUGUCUUGCCUCACUUGCUCUCCUCUUGA